AUGUGGGUAAAACCAGAAGAGGUCUUAUUGGCAAAUGCUCUAUGGGUAACUGAGAGGGCUAAUCCAUUCUUUCUGCUUCAAAGAAGGAAAGGGCAUGGUGGUGGUGGUCUGACUUCAUUGUUAGUUGGUACAAUAGAUACAGUUUUAGACACCAAGCCACCACCAUAUAGGAUAUUACACCAGACACCUAAUUCGGAAGUCUUCUGGACUGUUUCAACAUCAUUGCACAAGAGAGAAAUUCUUCAUCACUGGGAAUGGUUGGAACAGAAUGUAAUGCAAAUCUUGGGUGCAUUUGAAGAUGAAGAUGAUGCUACUGAGUUUGUUAAAUGUAAGAUUGAAAGCAUAAUUGCCAACUCUGUUGCCAAAACAGAAGAACCCAAAGAAGAUGAAGACACAAGAAUAUUUAAAUCAGCCACACAAAAAUGGAGACGUCAUUUCAGAAUGCCAGAGGAAGAGAAACUUGUAAAUUAUUAUUCAUGUAGCUACUGGAAAGGUAAAAUGCCUCGCCAGGGAUGGAUGUAUUUGAGUGUCAACCAUCUCUGCUUUUAUUCAUUUCUAAUGGGGACAGAAGCUAGGCUAGUCAUUAGAUGGACUGAUAUAACUCAUCUAGAGAGAAGCAAUAGUAUGAUAUUUCCUGAGAGUAUCAAGGUAUCCACUCGUGAAAAAGACCACUAUUUUGCUAUGUUUAUUCACCCAUAUGAGACAUUCAAUAUGAUGGAGCAGCUUGCCAAUCUGGCAAUGAAGCAGUUGUUAUCUGAAGAAGGAUUUGAAGAAGAUAGGAGCCUACCAUCAAGGUCUGACAUCAGAACAAGGGCACCAAAGAAAAUAUCAUCUUUGAAGAGAGACCUUGAUGCAAGAGCAAGAAGUGAAACCUACAGAAUCGCUGAUUUAUGCCAGUCCUCGAGGCGGAGAGAAAGGAACCAGAGUGAUGGACCGCUACCUGUGGCACUGCCAGGUGGCCUCAAUCACAUGGCCACCCAUCCUGGUUACUACUUAUCACUAAUAGAACAAAGCUUAGGUAAAGAGAGUAUUGCCACUGAUGAAAUUGAACGUGAUCUACACAGAUCUCUGCCUGAACAUCCAGCUUUCCAAUCAGAAUUAGGCAUAGCUGCAUUAAGAAGAGUGUUAACAGCAUAUGCUUGGAGAAAUCCUAGUAUAGGAUACUGCCAGGCAAUGAACAUUGUAACCUCUGUCUUGUUGCUGUAUGCAUCUGAAGAGGAAGCAUUCUGGCUGUUAGUUGCCAUAUGUGAACGAUUAUUGCCAGAUUAUUACAAUACCAGGGUAGUUGGUGCUUUAAUUGACCAAGGUGUAUUUGAAGCAUUGACCAAGACGUAUUUACCAGAUCUCUUUGACAGAAUGGACAAUUUAGGGUUACUUAAUAUGGUAUCACUUUCUUGGUUUCUUACUAUCUUUCUAAGUGUUAUGCCAUUUGAAAGUGCUGUCAAUAUAAUGGACUGUUUCUUUUAUGAUGGUGCUAAAGUAAUAUUCCAGAUAGCUCUGGAGAUCCUGGAUGCUAACAAAGACAAACUAUUGGAGUGUGCUGAUGAUGGUGAAGCUAUGACUGCACUGGGUGAUUAUCUAGAAAAUGUUGCCAAUAAAGAUGCUACCUUGCCUCACAUGCCACAUACUUCAGCUAUGAGUUAUGGAGAAGUUCCUUCUGUGGAAGUAUCACAAUUGAUCCGAGAAUCCUACAUCAAAUUUGGUAAUCUUGGCAAUGAAACGAUAGACAAGAUGAGAUUUAAACAGAGAUUAAAGGUUGUACAGGGGCUUGAAGACACAGCAAGGAGAAAUGUUCUUCGUAGUGUAGCACCUGAUGUUAAUUUUAAUCAAAAAGAAUUGGAAGAUCUCUAUAAUUUGUUCAAAGAGGAGCAGUUGACUAACAGUUUUUGGAGUCAGAAUUUCCAGCCAAUGGACCCCAGUCUACCAAUGUAUGCACAAAUGAGGAUAGAUCAAGAGAAGUUUAAAACUCUCUUCCUGGCACUCUCACCAUGGGGACUUGGUGUGUAUGCUGGACAGUUAGCCAACAGAGCUUUCAGGCUUCUUGAUGAAGACCAUGACAGUAAUAUCAACUUCAAGGAGUUUGCAUUUGUCAUGAAUUCUAUGUGUAAAGGAGAUUUACCAGAUAGACUGAGAAUGCUAUACUUACUGCACAUGCCACCUGCCCUUAUACCAGAAGAUCUAGAAAGCCCAUCUCCAAUAGAACCAAAAAUUUUUGAACAAAUGGGCAAAUUUUUCAUUUAA